CGGCGGCUGACACUUCCUGUAAGGCAGGAAACCGCCGGCGGCGGCACGUCCGGGCCCCCCCCUCGAACUCCCCCAGCUCCACAACUUCCCACCGAGCCCCCCCAGACCCCACGGAGCCGAGGGGGGCACAGAGGGCCAGGCAAAGGAAGGACCCGGGUGUCCGCGGGGGUCCAAGGGGACCCCCACCCUCAGCCCUGUUCCGGGGUCCCUGCAGCGGAGUGGGCGAGGCGGGGAGGGCAAAGGGGGCCUGUGGGCUGACUGGGGAUGGAGGGACAGACACGGAGGAACAGAGGGACACGGGGAUGGGGCGGGGAGGGCUGAGGAGCGCCCCGAGCCCCCACUGACUCCCUGUCCCUCCCCAGGUGCCGCCGUCCCUCCCCGCCCCAGAGAGCGCCGCGGCCGGAGCCCCCCCGACCCCCCCGGGUUGCCCCCAUUAACCGCGACCCGGGAAGGGGCGCGUGGGAAAAGGGGCGGGGCCUCCGCACGCGGGAAUUCCCGGGCACCCAAUCGGGGCAUGGACUCCGUUCCCACGCUUCCAUUGACUAAUCCCUGGGUGCGAGUCUCCGCUACAACUGGGGGGGGGCUGGGGGGGCUGGGUGGCUGGAGAGGUGCCAGAGACCCCCAGGAGGGUCCUAAGGAGUCCCUGAGAGUCCCUUGGGGUUCCUGAGGGUUACGGGGGUGUUCCCUAGGGGGGAUCAGGGGUAUCCCGGGGGGUCUCAGGGGGGUCCUAGCUAGUCCCUAGGGGCCUCAGGGGGGAAUAGAGGGGUCCCAAGGAGUCUCAGAGGGGUCCUAAGGAGUCUCGGGGCGAUCCCUGGGGGUCCAGGGGGGGCCAUGCAGUCCGACGACCUCUUCCUCCGCAAGAUGCGGGGCCCCUCGGCCCGGCCGCCCCCACCCCCCGCUCCCCCCAGCGCGGCCGGGGGGGCCCCCUUGUCCCCCACGUCCCCGGGGGGGGCCGCCCCCCUGCAGCGCAGCAGCAGCGAGGCGGCCCUUGCGGGGUCCCCGGAGGAGAAGGGGUCUCCGGGGAUAGUGUUCCCUCGGGCCCGCACCCAGAGCCACGAGGAGGCGGCCGGGGGGGGCAGCCCCACGUCCCCCCGCUUCCGCGACCCUCUGCUGCUCUUGGGACUUGCGGCCGGCGGGGGGGACCCCGAUUUCUUCCCCCACCCCCCCUGGAGCCCCCUCCUCGCUCACUACGACGUGCAGAGCAUCCUCUUCGACCCGGCCGAGCCCCCCACGGCCGACCCGGGCCCCACCUCGGGGGCUUCCGCCGCCCACCUGGAGCCCGAGGAGCCCCCCGGGCCCCACGGGGCUUCUCCCGACCCCGAGGCCCUGGUGCUGAGCUGUCCCCGCUUCUGCUGCGAGACGGGGGGAGAGCAGGAGCCAGGGCUGGGCCCCCCCCGCGGCCCCCCCGGGCCCGGGCAGCUGCCGAAUGCAGCGGUCGCGGUGCUGGAGGAGCCCCCGGCGGGGGCGCGACCCCCCCACCCCAUCGAGCACAGCGACGACGGCGCCGAGUACUAUCGCAAGUACUUCUAUGGGAAAGAGCACCAGAACCUGCUGGGUGAGGACCCCCGGCUGGGGCCCGUGGCCGUGUCCCUUCGGCGGGAGGAGAAGGAGGGACCUCGGGCCCAGGUGCUGCACAGGAUCAUCCUGCGCACCUGCCAGCCACGGACGCUGCGGGGGUCGGUUCUGGAGGAGGCGCUGCCCCCCGGCUCUCGCCCCUCUGGGGCGCGGGGGGUCCCCCCCCGGAAGCUGCUGGAGCUGGUGCUGCCUGGGCUGGUGGUGGGGGGGCUGCGCCUCGCCCCCUCCCCCGCCGUGCAGGAGACCCUCCUCAAGCUGGACGAGCAGGGGGUGAGCCGGCAGCGCAAGGUGGGGGUGCUGUACUGCCAGCGGGGGCAGGGCUCCGAGGAGGAGAUGUACAACAACGAGGAGCCCGGCCCUGCCUUCGAGCAGUUCCUGGCGCUGCUGGGCACCCGCGUGAGGCUGCGCGGCUUCGCGGGGUACCGGGCACAGCUGGACACCCGCACUGACUCCACGGGGACCCACUCGCUGUACACGACGUACCACGGCUACGAGGUGAUGUUCCACGUGAGCACCAUGCUGCCCUUCACUCCCCGCAACCCCCAGCAGCUGCUGCGGAAGCGCCACAUCGGGAACGACAUCGUGACAAUCGUGUUCCAGGAGCCGGGGGCACGGCCCUUCUCCCCCCGUGCCCUGCGCAGCCACUUCCAGCACAUCUUCAUCGUGGUGCGGGUGCACGAGCCGUGCACCCCCCACACCACCUACAGUGUGGCGGUGGUGCGGCCGGAGGAGACCCCCCCGUUCGGGCCGGCGCUGGCGGCAGGGCAGCGUUUCCUGGGGGGCGCAGGGCUGCGCCCGUUCCUGCUGGCCAAGGCCAUCAACGGGGAGAACGCGGCGGCGCGGGGGGGCCGCCUGGGGGCCAUGGCCGCGCGCACCCGCCGCCAGUACCUGCAGGAGCUGCUGCGCGCCCACGGCGGGGGGGCCCCGCUGCCCGCGCCCCCCCGGGGGCUGCCCGCGCUCGGGGGACGCCGCCGGGGGGGCGCGGGGCGCGCGGGGGGCGCGGCGGUGGCGGGGGCGCUGGUGUGGGGGGCGCGCGCGCAGGGGGGGCCCGGGGGGGCCGAGGUGCCGUGUCUGCUGGGGGUAGCGGCGGAGAGGGUGGUGGUGGUCGCCGCGCCACCCGGGGCGGUCACCGACCGGUCCGGGGGGCUCGCCCUCAACCCGGGGAAUCCCCCCCGUGACCAAGGGACGGUCGACCCCCACUCAAGGGCGAUCGCCCCUCAGCCGGGGAAGUUUCCCCCAAACCCAGGGGUGCUCCCCCCACACCCAGGGGAGCCCCCCACCCACUCAGGAACGGUCACCCCCCACCUAGGGACGGUUGCCCCACAGCAAGGGGAACCCCCACGUAACGCAGGGAUGGCCGCGCCCCCCCCAGGGGACGCUGCCCCCCACCCGGGGACAGUCGCCCUCCCCCCCGGGGUGCUGUUCAGCUGCGCCUGCCGGGACGUGCUGGGCUGGGGGUUCGCCGAGGGGCGCCUUGAGAUCUUCUAUGGGGCGGGCGAGUGGCUGGGGCUGCGGCUGCCCCACGGCGCUGCCCCACAGGUGGUGGCCAGGCUCCAGGCGGUAACGCGGGGGUGCGAGGCGCGGGAGCUGGCGCUGCCGCGGGGGGCCGGGGGCCGCCGGGGGUUCCGCGUGGACCCCUCGGGGGUCGUGACGGCCGUGACGCGGUUCUCCUUCGCCGAGACUGCGGGGCUGCGGCCCGGGACGCGGCUGCUGCGCGUGGGACACCGUCCCCUUCCCCGCGGGGACCCCCGGCUGCUGCGGGCGCUGCUGCGGCGCCCCUCGGGCCCCCUGACGCUGCUGCCCCCCGACCGCGACGGGCGGCCCCGGCGGAGUUUCUCGGAGCUCUACGCCCGCUCGCUGGAGCAGGGCCGGGGCACAGGGGGGGACCCUGGGAUCGGGGACCUUGGAGGGGAUAUCGGGGACACCAGCAGCGACUCAGGGGGAGACAGCGACAGGGGGGAUCAUGGGGUGGGCCCAGGGGGGCUGCACCCCGACACUCUACAGCUCCUGCGCUCGCUGGCACUGGACGAGGAGAGCACCCCCUUUCCCCCUGGGGGUGGCCCCCCCAGCCCGGGGACCCUCAGGAGCCCGACCGGAUGCCCCCCCAGCCCGCCCCCCCUGGCUGACCCCACGCCUGACCUGUUGCUGCCGCACCACAGCCCCCCCCAGUCCGGUGACCCGUCUCUCUGUGCCCCUGCUGACCCCCCCUGUCCUCAGGGUCCCUCUCUGGAUGCUGGUGGUCCUGCGGCCCCCCCCGAGCCCAGCCCCCCCCCGGGCCCCUCGCUGCAGCACUCCCUGGGCAGGCUGCUGUCGGGGUCUGGGGAGCCCCAGGAGGAGGAGUGGGAGCUCAUCGCCCGCCUGGCCACGGCCUGCAGUGGGGUCCUGGAGGCCAUCGCCCGGGGGGGGCAUCAGCUCCGAGAGCCCCCCAACAUCGGGGUCCAGCAGAGCCUGAGCCCAGUGGUCCCUGAGGAUGAGUCCCGGAGCCUCUCAGAGAAGGUGGCGCAACUGGAGGCGGCGCUGAAGCGGCUGCAGGAGGGUCUGCAGGAGGGCCACGAAGUGCAGCAGCGGCUCCAGGCUGAGCUCCGGGGGCUCCGUCGCAGCACCCGGCGGCUGCAGCAGGGCCAGGAGGACGCGAACGCGCGGCUCAGCCGGGUCACGCGGCUGCUGCACCCCCCCGGGGACCCCCCGAGUCCCCUGACACCCCCCAACAGCCCCCGGGGGGGACCCCCUGACCUCUCCGGGGAUCCCCUGACAUCCCCCAACACCCCUUGAGACCCCCCGGGGAGACCCUCUGACAUCUGUGGGACUCCACAGGACUCCGGGACUGCGGCAGCCCCCUGGCAUGGGGGCACCUGCACAUGGCAUGGUCAGGUGGGCAGAGUCACCUCGGGCACACUCACCUGGGCACUCACCCUGAACACGCUGCACACACGUUGGGCACACUCACCCUGGGCCCACUCGCUGUGGGCACACUCACUGUGGGCACACUCUCACCCUGGGCACGCUCACCUGUGCGCACUGACUGCAGUCACAUGCCAUGAACACGCCGUGCACACUCGUGUCCUGUGCACACCAUCCCCGUGCCACACACGCUCACAGCCGCGCACACCGAUCCUGCGGCCCCUGCCCGCUCACACCUCGCUCACACGCCUGGCACAAGCCAAUGGCGCCCGCUGCAGGCCGAUGGUGUCCAUCCCACACACGCUCACCCCCCUUGCACACCCCCCCUUUGCACACUCACCCUGUGCACACCCACCCUGUGCACACUCACAGCCCCCCAUCUGCCCCCACUAACUGUGAAACUGAAGCUGUGACUCCCUCCCAUGUCCCCCCAAUGUGACACUGGACCCUACACGUGUCCCUCCAUGUCCCCUCCAUGUGACACUGGACUCCCCUGCCCCAUCCCCCUGGGACACUCCCCUGGCCUCAUCUCCCCUCAAGGGGACACUGGAAACUGCCCCAAAGGGGAUGUGCUGGGGCCACACUGAUCCCCCCAACAAUAAAAUCCUUUGGCCUCA